CCUUAUAAAAUAAAACAAUGUGCAAGCAUAUCCUUAACGCACAGGUUUCUAUUCGUGCUCAAUGCUGUAAAAAAUGGUUUGACUGUCCUGAAUGUCAUGAAGCUGUUUCUGAUCAUCCCUUGAGAAAGACAAACGAAAUGGUCUUUGCUUGCAAGAAGUGUAAAAAGGCCUUUAGAAAGGAUAUAACGGAUUAUGAAGAAGAAGAUGAGUAUUGUCCUCAUUGUGACAAUAAAUACGUACUUGAUGCAGUUACACCUGAAGCCACACUUGGUAUUGAAACAGAAGAUAUUCGUGUUGAUAAUAGAGUGAUGAAGGAUGAUAGAAUUAAGAUAAAGCAAGACCAAGUCACAAGUAUCUUUCAAAUUGAUGGAUCUCACAUGUUGGGUUAAUGGCGGGGAGAAGAUCCGUUUCUAAAUCAAGUAAACAUAUCCUCUGCCCAAAAACACAAAAUUAUGCCUAUAAUGGGUUGUUUGUACCAUUAAGAAAGAACAUUUUUCAAUUGAGAUAAACCAGUACUCUUUCUCUCUUUUUCUCUUUUUCUUUA